AUGGCAGACGGCAUGAACAACAUUCGCGCCAUGCGAGUGUCGGAGCUCAUGGGGGACUACCGUAACCUCCAAACAUACAUGGCGAACAUCAGGGCGAGCCCUUCGGCGGAGGAGUACAACGAGGAUGGAUAUGUCGUUCUGCGGCAAUGCGUAGCGCAGUCGCAGGCGUUGCUCACGCAGCCUUUCCAGAGCGAGGCGACGCAGAGGGGGGACGACGAGCAGAACAAGGCGCAACUGAGGAGGAUCAUAGCAGACGCGGCGGUCAGAAGAUUCAAGGCGCAAAAGCUCUACAUGCGAGCACUGGCGGCUCUUCGAUGGGUCAACGCAAGGACAACCAUCCUUCAAGGCCAGCGACCGCAUGCUGGGUAUGCGCCUGCUUUGCAGCAGAUAAGGAACCAGCUUCGAAGUGAGUUGGCAGCCAUCACAGAUGCCCGAGUCGACGCAAGCCUACGUCAAGCCGACUGCGCCGAAGGCAAGUGGCUAGCUGAGGAUCCUCCCCUGGCGGCGAUCCAGCGAGUCGCGGGCAAUGGCAAUGGAAGUGGGAGAUAA